GACAUUACUAGAGAAACAUGCUACUUAUCAGCUCUUGGAAGAGCAUACCCUCAGUCUUUGUGGAAAUUGACCUGGCAUAAAACCGCAGAGGCGAGUGCAGCGCAGCGCUUACCUGGCAUUUACCAGGGUCAACGGCGCUGCGGCUAUGGAGCACGCUGGCGUGCCGCGUGCCCCUUUCAUCUCCGAUGAAGGAGCAAACCCAGAGGAGGGGGAUCAGACCCUACUAGAGAUCGACGUGGAGGCUGCGCUGCGGGAGUUCGCUGCCAGCGGCGGCCCGCCGCCUGAGCCGGGAGCAGCGACAGCACACGCAGCGCCAGCCCAGGGAAGAAGGUUGGACAGCGCUGGCGAGGCAGAUGAGGCAGAUGAGGACGUCAUUCACAUUGACCUUACGCAGCGGCCACCGCCGCUGCCGAUGUCAGGGCUGCCGCUGGAGCAGAUUGUAAGCAUGCUGCCGGGCGCCACCUACGCCGUGGGGGGCAGCGGCAUCCCGAUGCGAACACAGGCCACAUCCCAGCCACCGGCACAGAGCCAGCGCUCGCCUUCGAGCAGGCCAGCAACCACAGCAGCUGAAUAUCCAUCAGCACAGCGUGCAGCUGGCGGCGGGGCGGCGUGUGACGGAGAGGGGGACGGCCACGAUGCCGCGCAGGAGGCAGCGGGUCACCGAGCCGGGGCUGGCGGCAGUGGCGGGGUCGGGGGCGGCGGUGGGCAGCGGCUGGCCUACACCUUCAUCCCGGGCCUCGGCCUGGUGCCCAUUGUCAUCUCAGGCGAGGAAGAAGACGAGGAGGAUGAGGGCGAGGGGCAGCAGCAGGACGGGGAUGAUGAUGAUGACGGAGUUGAAGCAGCCGGGGGCCUGGAUGUGGGCGGGCUGGAGGUGCCGCACGACGGUGGGCUGGGCGGCGGUCUGUACGACCUCGAUGCCCUGGAUUACGACGACGAUGACGAGCUGGGUGCGGUCGCCGCCGCCUUCAAGCCCCUGGUGCAUGACGAUGACGACGACGAGAUGGGCGAUGAUGGCGAUGGCGCGCAUGCGGCCGGCGUGGACGCCGACGCUGCGUGGGCGCAGCAGCAUGCCGCCAUGGAGGUGGCGCUGCAGGGCAUGCUGGCGGGGCUGGCGGCAGGUGCGGGCUUCCCGGACUUCCACGGUGAUGACCAUGGCGUUGAUGCGGAGGACGAGGAGGACAUGGCCACUGCGGUGCGGGUGGAGCCGGCGGGCGAGUCGCCUCGCUCGCACCCGCAGCCCCCAGCCCCGCACGCGCACAGUCACGGUGCCGCGGGGCACGAUGUCAGUGAGGACCAGCUGCGCCACAUCAUCCAGCAGGCGGUGGAGGGGCUGUCGUUCGGGGACGCUGCGCUGGCGCCGCCGCAGCCGGAGGACGACGAGGAUGAGGACGAGGACGAGCAGGGCAGUGGACAGAAGGGCAGCGGCCGGGACGGCGUGAUGUCAGCUUUCCUGCGGCCGCCGGCCGCGGCUGCUGGCGGCGGUGUGCGUAGCAGCGCCAUGGCUGCUGCGGAUGCGGCCGCCGGCGGGCUGAGCGAUGACGAAGGUCCGGAGCAGGCCUCGCCCGACUACGCCUCCCCAGAGCGGCCCGCCAUCGCAGCGGCGGCAGCUGCUGCGGUUGCCGCGCGUGUGGGCGGCGGAGGGGCGGCGGCGCAGGGCGCCAGUGACAGCGACGGCAGCCCGGCGCUUGUGCGGGGAGCAGCACCAGACGAUGACAACGCAGCUGAUGACGACCUGGAGGACGUGGACGGCGGGCUGGGCGAGGAGGCGGGGCCGGAGGCGGGGCUGGGCGCCAGCAUUUUGGGAGGGCUGGCGCCUGCCCGCUUCGGCUCCAGCAGCGGCGCUCGCACCAGCAGCGGCGACGGCAGCAGCUCCAGUGCUGCGGCACUGGGUGCGGAGGCGGGAGCAGCGGGAGCCGCACCCGCGUCACCGCCGUCGGCCCACGGCGCGGCAUCGCUGCUGCUGCCGCGCUCGCGCUAUUCAGCAGCCGAGGUUGCGUCCCCGCACGACAUGCCCAGCCCGGCCGCUGCGGCAGCGUCGCCUCAGCCGGCGGCACCAGCGCCCGCCGCCAGUGCUCCCGCCCUGCCUAUGACAUCCUCAGCCCCGGCACCGCUGGCCGCUCGUCCGUCUGGCAGCUUCGGCUCCUUCCCCACGCCCUUUGGCGGCGCCGUUCUGACGUCCCCGCUCACAACCUCCACAAGCGUUGGUGGCGCAGCCACCGGUGCUGCAGCUUCAAGCGCGGCAGCGCCGAGGGGCGGCUCUGACGGCGGCGUCGGCGGCUCCCUGAACGCCACUGUCAAGAUGACGGGUCAGUCACUUGCCGCCAUCCGCCAGGCAGCGAUGGCAGAAGAGGCGCAGCAGCAGGCCAGGCUGAUGGCGGAGCGGCUGGGCGGCGGCGCCGACAAGCCCGCGAGUGACGGCGGCGCUGCCAGCAGCGGUGGCGACCGUGCCAGUGGAGGCGGUUCCGGCCCACACCACCACCACAAGCACCACCACCACCACCACACGCCGCCACCCAACCACCCGUCGGGAGUGCAGCCCAGCCGCGAUGGCGCCAAGCACAUCUCCAAUCCUUUCGGCGCCGCGGGGCACGAGGCGGCGGCCGCCGCCGGCCUGGUGCCUAUGGACGAGCCGUCGGCGCACGACACGCGGCACAAGCGCAGCGGCGGCAGCAGCAGUAGUAGCAGUAGCUCCCGCCGGCGGGCCAGUGGAGGUGGAGGCGGAGGUGGGGCGCGCGGUGGCUCCGGCGGCGGCUCAUCGUCGUCGGGCGGCGGCUCUGCCGAUCCGGAUAUGGAGGACGUUGACUUGGAGGACCUGCUGCGUGAUCGCAAUAUCAUUGCGCCGCGAUACCCCACCGACCGGGCGGCGGCGGCGGAGAAAGCGGCGCCUAGCCGUCACGGUACUGGCGAGGGGGGCGGUGAAGCGGAUGAGAAUGGCGAUGAGACCAGCCCGGGUGGAACCCGCCGGCCGGGUCACCGGCGGAGCGCGGAGCUGGUGGACCUGGAGUUGGCGUCGCUUACGGCCGGCGGCCGCGGCGGCGGCGUGGAGGGCAGCAGCCCCGUCAGGGAGCGGAGCAAGUCGGAGGACGGCAUCCUCACUUCACCGCCCGCCCGCAGCCUGUUGGCCAUGCGCAAGUCGGACGAGGGCCGUCUGCUGUCAUCUCCCACCAGCACCACCAGCCCCCGCAUCGGCGGCGGGCCGCACGACGACGACGACGAGAAGACCGAAAGCGCGAGCAGCGGCAGCGGCGGCAGUAGCAGCCGCAGCAGCUCCGCCCAUAGCGUAGCUGAUGAACGACUGACGGAGGAGCUAGAGGCGCUGAAGGAGGAGCUGGGUCAGAAGACCACGCUAGUGGCGGGCCUGCGCGGCGAGCUGCGUAAGUACACCGACCUGGCCUCUCGCCUGGAGGCGCAGCUGCACGAGCUGCGCGGCGGCCCUACGGUGGUGGCGGCGGCGCACGCGCGCUGGCAGGCGCCGGCACAGGCCCAUUCCGACGCCGGCUCACACGCCAGCUUGGAGGGCAUCGCGCCCAUGUCCUCUCUGGCGUCUGAGUCGAGCCAUCCGAUGCUGGCGAGUCCGCCGCCGGCGGGCAGCCGCGCCGCGGCCGUGGCGGCAGCGGAUGCCGCCGGUGAGGGCCACGCUGACGGUCACAGCGAUGCAGCGGAUGAGUCGGGAGCAGCGGCCGCAAGUGGCGGGGGUGUGGACGGCCGCGAGAAGACACCGCCGUCCACGCCGCCGCCUGCCCGGGCGGCGCCGCGGGAGGUGGCUGGCGUGCUGGCACUGCCGCCGCACCCGCAGGCGGAGGGGCUGGAAGCGGCGGCGCGCACGGCGCUGUACAAGGAAAUCAUCAACCAAGCGCAGAUGCAGGCCAACCGCUCCAACGGCACCGCGCCGGCCGACCUGCGAGAGGCGCAGGAGCUGGUGCAGGGCAAGGAGCGGCUGGACGCGGGCAGCGAGAAGGUGCUGCUCAUCAAGCUGCAGAAGCUGGUGCAGUGGGGCUCCGAGUCGGGCUGGAAGGUGCAGGCGGCGCAGCAGCAGCUGCGCCACACGGAGCAGCAGCUGCGCGCCGCGCAGCAGGCACGUGCGGCCUGGGAGGCGGAGCGCGACUCGCUACAGAAGGCGCUCAUGAAGGCCAACGCAGCGGCUGUGGCGGGCUUCCAGAUGGAUGCAGCCGCCGGUGCCGGUGCAGGUGUACCAGCGGCAGGGGGUGCCGGCGAGGGCGCAAUGGAGCUGCGGGAGGCGCUAGCGGCGUCACAAGAGGAGGCGACGGCGGCCAAGGCGCAGGUGUCGGACCUGGAGAGCGCGGUGGCGUCACUGAACGCGGAUGUGCGCAAGCUACGUGUGCAGCUACGCAGCAGCCGUGAUGGCAUGGAGGCUCCUGCCGCUGCUGCCGCGCCCAGCGGUGGUAGCAGCUCUGUGGACAACCUGGGCUGGAGCAUGGAGCGACAGAUGCUGCUCAAAACCAUCUCUGGCCUGCAGGCGGAGCUGGAGGAGGCGCAGCAGGCGGCCGGCGACGGCAGCCGCUCCGCCAAGGAGGCCGCGGACCUGGCACGCAAGACGGCGCUGGCGGAGGCGGCGUUGGCACGUGUGGGGCGGCUGCAGGCGGAGCGUGACGCCGCGGAGGAAGAGGCGCAGGCGUUGCGCCAGAAGCUCGAGGAGGUGCAGGCGACCGCGGAGGCGGCCAGAGCGGCCGCGCCUGCGGCGCCGCGCUCGGCUGCGCCGGCGGCCGCAGCGGCGAUCGGUGGGGAGCAGGAAGACCGUGUUGCUCUGGCCUCGCCGCUGGUGUCGGUCUCCUCCGCCGCCUCGGACUCCGAGCUGGUGGCCUACCUGCGGCAGCAGCUAGAGGAGGCGCGCGAGGCGCUGAGGGUGCUGGCUGCUGAGGCGGAGGCCGAGGCCGAGGCGAACGAGGAGCAGUGCAGCCUACUGCGGGCCCAGGUGCUGGAGCUACGGCAGGAGCUGGCGCGGCGCGCGGUGGACGCCGCGGAUCCCUCGGUCUGGGGCAAGGCUGAAGGCAGCGCCGGCGCCACCGGUGCCGCCGAUGGCGGUGCAGGCGCGGCGGGCGGUGUGCAGGCGGCGCAGGACGCCGCGGCGGCGGCGCUAGACGCGCACCACGGCGCGCUGGCGGAGCACGGCGAGGCGCUUGCGGCCAAGGACGCGGUCAUACACGAGCUGAGGAAGCAGCUGAUGGAGGAGCAGGUGCAGCUGCAGGAGGCGCGGGCCACGAUGCGCGAGGCUGCCGACUCAGUGCACGAGCUUGAGGAGCAGCUGCGUGGCGCCCGCGAGCUGUUGGCGGCCACACACCAGGAGAUGGAGAGCACGCGCCGCGACGCCGCAACGGCCCAACUGGAGGCGGCAGCGGCCCACAGCGCUCUGGGCGAGGUGCAGAUGCGGCAGCAGCAACGCCAGCUCGCUCGCGCCCUGAGUGCCGGCGGCCGCGCCGAGGCGGCCGCUGCGCAGCGGGCGCGCUCGGGCGACGGCGUGGUCCGCUUGUCUUCGGACGGCGCUGUUGCGGACAGCCCCGGUGAGCGGGGGCGGCUGCGACGGGAGCUGGACCAGGCGCAGGCGGAGCUGGCGGACGCCCGAAGCGCCAUGGAGGCCUUGCGGGCUGAGGCCGCGAAGCUGCAGGCCAAUGUGUCGGAGCUGCAGGACGUGCUGGGGCAGGAGCAGCGGCGUCGGCAGGAGGUGGAGGCCAGGGCUGCCGACCUGCAGGAGCACGAGACCCAGUCCCGCAGCCGGGCUGUGGAGUUUGAGCACCUGCGCAGCGAGCUAAGCGCAGCGCAGGCCGAGGCAGCGCACUACAGUGGGCUGGCGGAGUCAGCGGAGGCGGCGCGAGCGGAGGCGGAAGCCACGAUUGCGGCCCUCCAGGGUGCCGUCAAGGCAGCUGAGGCCCGCGCUGCCGACCUGCAGGAGCACGAGACGCAAGCGCGUAGCCGGGCCGUGGAGUUUGAGCAGCUCCGCAGCGAGCUGUCGGCGGCACAGGCCGAGGCAGCGCACUACAGCGGGUUGGUUGAAUCCGCAGAGCGCGCACGGUCGGAGGCGGAGGCAGCCGUUGCCGGGCUGCGGCUUGCACUGGACGCCGCGAAUGCGCGGAUUGCGGACCUAGAGGAGCACGAAACACAGUCCCGCAGCCGAGCCGUGGAGUUUGAGCACCUGCGCAGCGAGCUAAGCGCAGCGCAGGCCGAGGCAGCGCAUUAUAGCGGGCUGGCGGAGUCGGCGGUGGCGGCGCGAGCGGAGGCAGUAGGGGCCCUAGAGGCUGCGGAGGCCACCAUAGCGGAGCUCAUGGCGCAUGUGGCUGGGCUGGAGGCCGAAGGCCGGGACCUACGGACGGCGCUAUCCGCAGAGGAGGGCGUUCAGGAGCAGUUGCAUGGCCGCGUGGAGGGGCUGGAACAUGAACUGGAGGCACAGGCAGCCCUGGCGGAGAUUCGUGGCGAGCAUGCGGCUGAGAUGGAGCUGGCUCUGGUGGAAGCGGAGAAGCUGCACUUGACCUCGCGUGCAGCGGCGAGCCGUGCAGGGCCCGCCGAGGCGGCGGCCGCUGCCGCGGCAACAGAGGCCGCUGCGGCCGCCGCGCGUGUCGCUGAGCUGGCGUCCCACGUGCAGCAGCUGCAGCGGCAGCUGGAGACGUCUGAGGCGCAGCGCAAGCAGGCGGAGGAGCAGCUGGCGGAGGCGGCGCAGCAGCGACAGCGUACGGAGCGGCAGGCGCAUGAGGCUGCAGCGCAGCUGGAAGCGGCGCUGCGCAGCGCCAAAGCCGCCACCGCUGCGUCCUCGGCGGUGGGCGUGGAUGUGGACGAGGAGGAGGCGUUUAAGGUCGAGAGCCUGGCGGCGCUUGAGGCAGAGCUGCAGGCUGCCACCGCGCAGCUACAGCAGCUCGCUGAGCAGCUGUCCGCGGUGGAGGAGGAGCGUGACGCGCUGAAGGCGCAGCUGGCGGCAGCUGUGGCUGCCGCCACCGCCCCGCGUGCGGGUGCAGCUCCCCGCAGUGCCGAGCCGUCCGAGCUCAGCUCCGCCGAGCAGGUCGCGACGCUGCAGGCCGACAAGGCCCGGCUAUUGGCAGACUGCGCGCGGCUGCAUGCCGAGGUCGAGCGCGCUCGCGCCGCCGCCGACGCGGACGCCGACGCCGCAGAGCGCGGAGCAGCCGGUGGCGCCGGCCCCUUGCCUUCGCCGUCACGCCCCGACUCCGCUUCCUCUCCCUCAACAGCCGUUGCUGCCCUGGACGCGGCCAUGCGCGCGGCCACACUGCAGUCGCAGCUCACGCUGGUGCAGGCGGAGCUGUCCACGGUCCGCGCGGAGCUGUCGACAGCUCGUGCGGAGCUGGCGGCGGCGGGCACGGAGCUGGGCCUGAAGGAUGAGCUGCUUGCGACCAAGGACCGCGCAUUGGCGACGCUGCAGGACACCGUGGACGCGCUGAAGCUGGCGCUGCAGUCCACACAGCAGCAGAAGGCGCCCGGCAGCACAGUAGAUGCCGCGGUGGCCGGCAAACUGGCCAACGGGGCGGAUGCGGCUCCGGCAGACUCUGCUGUGGUAGAGGCGGCUGGCAGCCGCGCUGCUUCGCCCGGCGCCGGCGCCGACGCCACCACUGAGUCGCACAUGCAGCAGUAUCACGGCGCCGUCACGGCGCUGCACGACAAGUUCGCCGGCAGCGAGCGCACCAUCCGCCGCCUGGAGGAGCAGGUUGCGGCUCUGGAGUCCCGGCUUGCGUCGGAAGGUGGCGGGCAGUCCGUGCCCAAGGCCGCCGUCUCUGCCACCACUGCCACUGCGGCGGCGGCUGAUGCGGGGGCUCGGGCUGCCUCCCCAAGCAACAGGAGCAGCAGCCCGGACGCGCUGCUGGAGCUGCGGCUCAAGCUGCACGACCGGGACGCCGAGAUUGCCCGGUUGCUGCGGGAGCUGGAUGCCACACGCAGCCAGAUCGCCGCCAGCGCCCGCCUAGCAGCCGCCAACGCCGCAUCCUCGCCAGGCCGCGGCGGCGCCGGCAGCAGCGCACUGGCGCUCGUGUCCGGCACCGGGCUGCAGCUGCAGGGGCCGCUGGGCGCGCCAGGUGGCGCCAGCGCGGUCACUGUGCACGGCCUGCAGAUGCAGAUCCUGGAGUGGCGCUCGCUGGCGGAGGAAGCCAUGUCCAAGUACCAGACCAAGAAGGAAGCGGUGCGGCGGCUGCGGGAGCAGCUGGCGGCGGAGGCGCAGCGGCACGGCGAGGAGCUGUCGCGACUGCACUCGCGCCUGGAGGCGGCCAGCGCGCGGCUGGGCAGGCUGGCCACGGAUCUGGGUGUGGCGCUGCGGCGCUGCAUAACGUUGGACCUGCAGCCGCUGUCCGCCACAGCCCUUACCAGCCCGCCGCUGACCGCUGGCAGCCCGCGCUCGGGAGCGGGCGUGGGUGCGGGCGCGGGCGACGAGCGGUCGGACAUCAACACGCUGGCUGCGCUGCUGGCCCGGCAGGGCGCUGCGCUCGUGGAGUCGCUAGAGGCAGCGCUGGAUCAAGUGUCGGCGGUGCGGGAUGAGCGGACGCAGCUGGCCUCGCAGCUGGCGCAGCGGCAGGCGGUGCUGGACGAGCUGCGGCACCAGCUGGCCAAGCAGGGCGGCGUGCGGACGGGCGCCAGCGCCACUCCUGCCGCUGCGCACCCCAGCGCGUACCGGCACAGCGCCUCUGCAGACCUGGGCAACGGCGCCGGCGGCGCGCUGGCCCGUGGAGCGGCUGGCGCAUGCGUCACUGGGUCACUCAGCUCGCCGCGGGCUGCUUGGCCAACCGCUAGCAGCGGCGCUGGAGCUGGUGGGAGCAGCUACGCGCAAUCGCCGGGCCGGGCGGGGCUGUCGAGCUCGACGCUAGCUCAGGACAUGGCAAGCCUGUCGGCACAGCACGCGGGGCUGCGCAACACGCUGAGCCAGUUUGACCAGCAACAGCAGCACCAGUCGGGCCGGCUAGGCGUCGCAGCGGCGAUGGCUGGCGCCUCGGCAGCCGGCGGCAGUCCGUUCCUAUCUGGUACGGCUCUGUCGCGCGGCGGCGCCAGCGGCGCGGGUGCUGGCGGCAGCCCUUAUCUGGGCCUAUUCAGCAAUGGGGCUGGCGCGGCGAGCCGCAGUGAGUACCUAUCCUCAGGCUCGGCGGCGGCACCCGGCGGGGCGGCGGGGGGCCGCUACUCGCGCCCGUCAUCAUCGCCUUCUGCCAAGCCUAGUGGCUUGUCAUAUUCCUACGACUUCGGCGCCUCGGGCAGAGCAGGGGGUUACGGCGCCAGUGGUUCCCAGGUGUCGCCCACAGGGGCGCACUUGUCUCCUAGAGGCGGCACGGCGCAAUCGCCAGGGCUGGACCUGGGGGGCAGCAGCAGCAGCAGCCUGGGCGUGUCCCAGGAGCGGUGGGCAAAGCUGGGGAUGUAAGGAUAGGGCUGAUACGGCACGGUAUCUAGUGUAGUAGGUAGCUGCGAGUGGGGUGUGGGUGUGCAUGUGGGUUGACAAGAAGUGACUUGGCCAGAGCAGCGGAUAGUCUCAACUCUCAACACACGGCCACGGCAUGUACUCGUGACUCGCUAUCGUUUGUGAUUACCGUAUACUGCUUUUAGGUGAGUUGAAGGCAUGUGUGCAUGAACACAGGCAUGAACACGCCUGAGCUGUGUAGCGGCUUGAGGUGAGCUGGUUGAUUGAGCCAACACAAACGCCUUGCGGAAGCCCCUGUAAGCCUUUGUAAGCAAUCUUGCAA